GUAUACUGCUCUUUCCCGUUACGUUCCACGAUUUCUUUCUCAAUCUCUCCGUAUUCAUCAAAGCAAAAGGAUUGAUCCGUUACAGUGGUUGCUCUCGGCACCGCCUUAAGCUUCUCCGGUCACGCGAUCCUACUAUGUCUAUGAACUAUUGAACUGUAAAAUCCAUGGAAUGAUGGGAGGCUUCUCUUCCAAAUUCAGGCUCAAGAAGCCAAGAGAAUCCCAGCAUGGACCAAGCCAAAGGAGGAGGCGAUUUUUGUUUCUUUGGCUCCUUUUUGUUGCCAUUGGAUUCAUUUGGUUGUUGAUUAGUUCCUCUGAUGGGCGUUUGGGGAGGAAGGUAGAGGCCCCCCCACACUUGGAUGGAGAUACCACCAACUUUUUGCUUCAACAUUUCAAUGUUAGCAGGGAUGAAAUUCAUUCUCUGCCUUCCUAUUUUCUUGAUACAGAUCAGGAGAACAUGGAAAUACUGGAGGCAACUGAUGAUGCAUACGGAGGAGUUAUUGUUGACAUGAAGAAGAAGAUGGAUUCUGCCACCUUUGUUGCUUUGCUAAGAGCUUCAAUAUCACAAUGGAGACAAGAAGGUAAAAGGGGAGUUUGGUUGAAACUUCCAAUAGAACUUUCAAGUGUUGUGGAUGCUGCAGUGAAGGAAGGAUUCUGGUAUCACCAUGCAGAGGCAACAUACUUGAUGAUGGUAUAUUGGAUUCCAGAAAGCACUCCCCACACUUUCCCUCCAAAUGCUUCCCAUCGAGUUGGCGUUGGUGCUUUUGUCAUCAAUCAGAGAGGAGAGAUUCUGGUGGUGCAGGAAAAUUCGGGCAAGUUUGCAGGCACUGGAAUCUGGAAGAUGCCCACUGGGGUUGUCGAGGAGGGAGAAGAUAUAUGGGCGGCUGCUAUUAGAGAAGUACAAGAAGAGACCGGAAUUGACACAGAGUUCGUAGAACUCCUUGCUUUCAGACAAAGCCACAACUCGUUCUUUGGCAAAUCGGAUUUGUUCUUCGUUUGCAUGCUAAGGCCACUGUCUUUCACCAUUAAGAAGCAAGAUUCUGAGAUCAAGGCAGCACAGUGGAUGAGAAUAGAGGAAUACGCAGCACAACCAUUUGUGCAGGAGCAUGAGAUCUUCAACAGCAUUGCCAAGAUUUGCUUGGCUAGGAAGGAGAAUGCAUAUUCUGGUUUCUCUGCACUUCUCAACACCACAGGCUUUUCCAAGAAGAAGUCUUAUCUAUACUGCAGCUCUACCUAUACCCCAUCAUAGUCAACUCUUAAUCUAUCUUUUCAUAUCAUACAAUCUUGUUUAUAACAAGUCACAAGUAAGUUCAUGCAAAUAUGUUGACAAGAUCAUUUAAACAAGCUAAUUUGCUAAGACAAGUAAAUUAUCAUAUCAACUUGUUAAUGA